UUAAUAAUCUCAACUGUAAAUUCAUCCCAUCUUCCAAUUUUUAUACCCCUCCUCUCUCUCAGUCCUCACUACUUACUUCUUCAUAAUCAUCUCUCUCUCUCUCUCUCUCUCCUCUUCUCUUCCCAUGGCUUCCCUCUCGUCCUACUACACCCUCCUAGCCUUACUAAUCCCCAUCCUGGUCUUCCUCCUCACCCGAAAGCCAAAAUCGAAGCGGCUCAACCUCCCGCCGGGCCCGCCGGGGUGGCCCGUUGUCGGAAACCUCUUCCAAGUGGUCCGGUCGGGCAAACCCUUCUUCGAGUACGUCAGAGAACUCCGAGACACUUACGGCCCCAUCUUCACUCUCAAGAUGGGGACACGCACCCUCAUCAUUCUCUCCGAUACCAAGCUCGUCCACGAGGCCCUCGUCGAGAAGGGCGCGAUCUUCGCCUCCCGCCCGAGGGAGAAUCCGACCCGGAACAUCUUCAGCUGCAACAAAUUCACAGUAAACUCCGCCGUCUACGGCCCGGUGUGGCGGUCCCUGAGGCGGAACAUGGUCCAGAACAUGCUCAGCUCGAGCCGGCUCAAGGAGUUCCGAGGAGUGAGAGAGAGGGCAAUGGACAGGUUCAUCGACAAGCUUUUGUCCGAGGCCAAGGCCAAUGACGGCGUCGUUUGGGUGCUGAAGAACGCGAGAUUUGCGGUCUUCGACAUCCUCGUCAAGAUGUCUUUCGGGAUCGAGAUGGACGAGGAGACGGUCGAGAAGAUGGACCAAGUAAUGAAAAAGGUUCUGAUCACACUCGACCCGAGGAUCGACGACUUUUUGCCGAUCCUUGGGCCUUUCUUCGCGAAACAAUGGAAGAAGGCAUUGGAAGUGAGGAAAGAACAAACAGAUUUCAUUUACCCUUUUAUUCAACAACGUAAAAGGGCGUUGGAGAAUCCCGGUUCCGACAAGGCGGCGACGUCGUUUUCGUACCUCGACACGCUUUUCGACCUGAAAAUCGAAGGCCGGAGCUCGGUUCCGACGAAAGACGAGCUUGUUACUCUCUGCUCGGAGUUUCUCAACGGCGGUACGGACACCACCGGCACCGCCGUCGAGUGGGGGAUCGCUCAGCUGAUCGCGAACCCCGAGGUUCAGAGGAAGCUCUACGAGGAGAUCCAAAACGUCGUCGGAUCGUCCGACCGGAAGGUUGACGAGAAGGACGUGGAGAAAAUGCCUUACUUGGAGGCUGUCGUGAAAGAGCUUUUACGAAAACACCCUCCGACGCCGUUUUCCCUUACGCAUGCAGUCACCGAAACGACGAAGUUGGCGGGGUACGACAUACCAACUGAUGCGAACGUGGAUAUAUUUUUGUCCGGGAUUUCGGAUGACCCAAAUGUGUGGUCCGAUCCGGAAAGGUUUGACCCGAACCGGUUUUUAGGUGGGGAGCAAGGGGGUGGAAACGACAUGACGAUGUUGCCGUUCGGUGUGGGGAGGAGGAUUUGCCCUGGACUGACUAUGGCCACGGUGCACAUUCACCUUAUGCUGGCUAGGAUGGUGCAGGAGUUUGAGUGGUGCGCUUACCCGCCGGGCAGCGAGAUGGAUUUCUCCGGCAAGACGGAGUUCACGGUGGUGAUGAAGAACACGCUUAGAGCCGUGAUCAAUCGCAGGGGUUGAUUAAUUAGUUAAUCGGUUUGUCUAGUUAAGUUUAUGAUGGGUUUUUCUUGGUUAAUGAUACAAGUAUAGAGAAGGGUACAAUGUGAUUAUUCAUGAUUAUGCGUGGUGUACGUGUAUAUCCCUACUAGCUCUACAAUUUUGUGGGGUUUUGUUUUUGAUUUUUUAUUGCUCUUUUUUUUUGGGUUAAGAUU